AUGAGACUCUACUCAGCUGCACCAGGUGCAUUCAGAGAGGCGAAAACCAAUAUCACCUAUGAAGACUUUACAAUUCCAAAAGGUUGGAAGAUAUUUUGGGCAUUUAUUGGAACAAACAAGAAUCCGAUAUGCUUUGAUGAGCCGGAAAGUUUUGAUCCAUCGAGAUUUGAAGGGAAUAAUGUGCAUGCACCAUAUUGUUAUAUACCCUUUGGAGCAGGACCAAGAUCUUGUCCUGGAAAGGACUAUACCCGAUUUGUGAUUCUCACUUUCAUUCACAAUCUUGUAACAAAGUUCAAAUGGGAUGUUAUGAUUCUUGAUGAGAAAGUGUCUGGUGCUUUGGUACCUAUCCCAGCUGAGGGAGUUCCUAUCCGUCUUUAUAAGUUGUAA